UUUGCUAAACAUUUGUAUUGGAUGAGUUAUUUUGUGAGAGUUUUUCUUUUUUAUAAGUUUAUAACAAACUCAAUUUCCCUUAUAGCCCAAACACCCCGAAGUAAAUCCUCCCACCAGUCACCACCGUGCCCACAGCCGAGAUGUUUUCAACGAAAGAGAUGCCAUCAGCUCAGUCAUUAUUCUCUGCUUACGCCUCCAUGGCCGGCUCCAUAAUGCUAUUCCGAUCAAUGGCCAACGACCUGAUCCCAGCCCCUGUUCGCUCCUACGUGGCCGCCGGAGUUCGUCGUCUGUUCAACUCGAAAUCCUCUAUGUUCACUCUCGUCAUCGAAGAGACCACCGGAAUUUCGCCAAAUCAAAUCUUCGACGCCGCGGAGGUCUACCUGUCCGCAAAAAUCACCUCCGAUACUGGCCGUCUCCGUAUCUCAAAAACCCCAAAAGACAAAAACCCAACUCUCCGACUCGAAAAAGGCGAGGAAUUAACUGAUUGCUUCGACGGAAUCCCAUUAUUAUGGAGCAUAAAUUCCCAUGACCAAGACAAAAACCCCAACAUUACCAACAACGGCCAUGCUCUGUAUCCACCAAAAACAGAGCGCCGUUUCUUCGAGCUAAAGUUCAACAAAAUCCACCGUCAAAAAAUCCUCAAUUCCUACAUCCCAUUUCUUCUCGAUCAUGCUGUAGCCAUGAAAGACCAAGAAAGAACCCUUAAACUGUACACAAUGAACAGCGCCGGGUGCUACAGUGGGAAAUGGGAUUCGGUGAAUUUGGAGCACCCGGCGACGUUCGAGACAGUGGCGAUGGAAGCGGCGGGAAAGAAGGCAGUGAUGGAAGAUUUGGAUAGGUUUUUGAAGAGGAAAGAGUUUUAUAAGAGAGUUGGGAGGGCGUGGAAGAGAGGGUAUUUGUUGUAUGGGCCGCCGGGAACAGGAAAAUCAAGCUUGGUGGCAGCGAUGGCGAAUUACUUAAAAUUUGAUAUUUAUGAUUUGCAAUUGGGGAAUGUGAUGCAGGAUUCUGAUUUGAGAAUGCUGCUUUUAACGACGGGAAAUCGAUCCAUUUUGGUCAUUGAAGAUAUUGAUUGUACCAUUGAGCUGCCGGACCGCCAACAGGGCGAUUGGCGCUCUAACAAUACUCGUGAAAUUCAGCUCACACUAUCAGGCCUUUUGAACUUCAUAGACGGGCUAUGGUCAAGCUGUGGCGACGAGAGGAUCAUAAUCUUUACUACGAACAACAAAGAUCGUCUUGACCCAGCGUUGUUGCGACCAGGGCGGAUGGACAUGCACAUUCACAUGUCCUACUGCACCUUCCAUGGUUUUAAACUUCUCGCAGCAAACUACUUACAAAUUGGUCACACCCAACACUGCCUCUUCCCGGAGAUCAAAACCCUUCUUGAUGCCACGGAGGUGACACCAGCCCAGAUCGCCGAGGAGUUGAUGAAGAGCGAGGACCCUGAUGUGUCCCUUCAAGGACUGGUUAAGUUGCUAAAGAGAAAGAAGUUAGAACAGGAGGAAGAGGAGGAUAAUGGUAAUACUAAUGGGAUUAUUAAUGGUAUCAGUAAUGGUAAGAGUAACGAUAACAGUGAAAAUAGUGAAGAAGAAGGUAAGUUGAGAGAGGCCAAGAGAUUGAAAAUAGAAGCUGGGAAGAAGGUGGGAACUAAGGUUACAAGAAGGAAGUUUGUUAGGGGGAGAAAAUUUUAGUUAUUAAUUUGAAAAAAAUAAUAAAUUAGGGUGGGAUAUUCAAAACCUGUUUUCACUUUGCCAAUACUAUAUGUUUUAAUCAAUUAAGUUUGCUAUACCGUUAA